UGUAGAUCUGUGGUGUUGACUAGAAAGUAUAUUGAAAUAAAUAAUUUCUCAAUGAACUUUUCAUUUCAUGUGACACAAAUUAUUGACUUUUUGUUUAACUCAUUCCCAGAAAAAAAGCUAGAUGAAUACGUGUAUAUAUAUGCGGUACAUGGUGUUUCGCUUUUGAUAUAGUUGUGGAGACGACAACAAACUAUUAUAAUUAGGUAAGGAACUAACAUGUGAAAGUUUUACGAGACCUUUAGCUACGAUUCAGUCCAUCGUUAAUCUCAGUACCUACCUAAUACUCAGACAUCAUGUCUUACAAAGAUUUCUUUGAAAACAAUAAAUCUCCAACCAAAAGAGAAAUAAAUACUGAUGAUCUUAAUUUUAUUGGAAAUGACCCAGGAGCAACUAAAUUCGGAAACUUUAUUAACUAUUACUCCUUUCAUAGUGUUGGGCAAAGAAUAAGUAAUCUCAACCCAGAAAUGUUUCCAGUUUUUGAACCAAACCAAACCAUUGUCUGUCUGGAUAUUGGAUGCAACACAGGAGAACUCACAAUUGCUUUACAUUCAUAUUUAAAAAAGGUUUUUCCUAACUGUAAUGUAAAAAUAUUGGCAAUUGAUAUUGACUCAAAAUUAAUUAAGAAAGCACAGAAAUAUUGCUCCAAUUGUGAUAUUAUUUAUCAAACUGAAGAUAUAAUGGAUGCUGAUAGUGGUAAAUCCAUAACAAAUUAUCUACAUUCACAUGGUCGAAAUGAUUUUGAUAUUGUAUUUUGUUUCUCUGUGACACUGUGGAUUCACAUCAAUAAUGGAGAUGAAGGUUUAUUUAAAUUAAUAAACUUAUUAAAAUCUAUUUCCCGGUCAAUAGUAGUUGAACCUCAGCCAUGGAAAUGCUACAGAAAUGCACAGAGAAGAAUGAAAAGAUCUGGAAGUGGCUUUCCUUUUUAUGACGCAUUAAAAAUAAGAAGCAAUGUAGACAGUGUUAUUGAACAAAAAAUAUCAGAGAACACUCACAAGAAAGUAUUUGAAUCUCCAAAUUCUAAGUGGAAUAGAAAAGUCCAGAGCUUUCACAGAAUAUCAGAUACCUAG